CCUUUUUAUAUCCAAUUACAUACCUAAUAACCCAAUAUUUAUAUGAGCUCUUGCCCAUUAUACAUGUGUAAAAUUAAAUAUUCAUUUAUUGAUUUUUUUUCUUUUUCUAUUAGCAUUAUCCUUAUGGGCUUAUUUUCAUCAACCAUUUCCCAUGCUUUGUGUGGAUGCACCUAUAGCAGGUGAAUAUUUCUGCGUUAUUUGCAAAUAAUUUUUUCCACUUUUUCUUUUUUCUAUACUUCUUUGACCUUUUCUCUCUCCAUCGAUAUUAGACUAUAUCUUUUUCUGACAUUAUAUAUUAUGAUGUUAUCUGCUUUUAUAUAUGCCCCCCAGUGAGACCCAUGGACUAUCCAUGACCCGUACCAUAUACUGAUUUUCCAUCUAGCAACCAUUGGUGGACACGCCUGGGAUUUUUGUGUGCGAUCAUUACUGAGGUACAGACACCUGUCCAGGUCAUUUGUUUGUUCACAUAGUGGUGGCAGUUUUAGACAAGUAUUAGUCUUAAUUGUUUGCUUUGUGCACACAUUUUCAACCUACCUGUUCUCUAUAUGAAAUAUGUUAAUUCUUACAUUUACAGUAAAUUGCGGCUAUGUCCGCAUAAUACAUGUGAUCAUUAUAUUAUUUGAAAAUAUGAAUUGUACUAUACUUACAUGUUUUUCAUUUAUAGAUAAUAUAGUAUGCAUUCUUGUCCCUGAAGAAGCCCGACGGGCAAAACAUGUUGGACCCCCUGCAUACAUCACUCUGUCACCCCAAUAAUUGAAACCACAACAAGGCCUAUGGUGAUCUUCACACCAGAAUGGAACAAGAUCUUUACUGGAGAGGCUAUUACAAUGACCUGUGAUGUGAGGUCGAUGGCACAAGGAGUUUUGGUCUAUACCUGGUACAAGGAUGGUCACUGGUUACAUACAGGGAAGAGCUAUACAAUUCAACAAGCCCAACACUCACACAGUGGAAACUACCAGUGCCAGUUAGGUACCAGUGCUAGAAGUGACUCAGCUAGACUGGAUGUCGAUAACGGCUAUGUCCUCCUGCAGGCUCCUCUUCAUGUGUACGAAGGGGACAAUGUUACACUGAGAUGUACUCAGUUUCCUGGGCACGCAGGCAAACUCACUGUAUUUUACAAUGACAGUAUGGUCAUUCAAGAUUGGUCACUCGAAUCUGAACUACUGAUUGAAAAUAUAGACAACACAUCUAAUCAGAGGUACAAAUGCACAAAACAGGUCCAACACCAUUUAUUGUAUUACCUGCACACAGAUGAAGUGACCUUUUCAGCCCAAGAGUUGUUCACACCUCCAGUUCUAAGACUGAUAGAAUGUGAUCACACCAUGCUAACUUGUGACACCAGCCUCAGUCCACUAAGAGAGACAACAGAAUUGCACUUUGCUUUUUAUAGAGAUGGACAGAAUGUUCAGAGUUAUAGUACAGCUGGUACAUUUUCUAUUCCAUCUGCCUGGAUGAAGGAUUCUGGGAGUUACACGUGUCUAGUGAGAACUUCGACCAACGAAGUGGAGAAGACCAGUGUGCCCCUUCACGUAGAAGCUAAAAGGAAAGAUGAAGCCAAUAUGGACAGGAACAGCAAUGCCAUAUCAGAGUCCUCUGAUUCUUAUGAAAUUAUAGCGACUGCACAUCCAGUGACCCCACACCCAGUGACAGAAGAGACAAAUAACACAAAUAAUCUAACGUUGAUACUCCCUGUGACUUUGGUAGUAUUGCUCCUAGUCCUUGUUUUUGCCAUCUUGAUCUUCGUGUACAGAAGGAAACAGAUUUGGUUAUCUGUUAACAGCCAACAGCAAAUAACAGUUUUGAUAGGGAAGACACGAUUGAGUUUGAAGAAAAAUAUGCUGUAUCUGAGGUUCCUCAUAUACCACAAGAUUUACAGAUGUCUUUCGAUAACCCCCCUGCAUAUAGUAAAGUGCCAACCAUGGAGAUUGCAUGACUGACUGUUAUCUUCACAAAGGACCAAUGUAUAUAUAUACAGUCCUACCACAGGGAUUCCGAAAACAUAGCAAUUUUCCAUAACAUGGGAAAUGUAUUCAUUCUUCUGCAUAUUAUUUGUAUUCACUAUGUAAGCUCUGUCACUUAAAAUCUAAUUUAAGCUAAAGCAUGCUGUGUAAUUCACAAUGUUUUAAAAUGUGCAGCUUUUAUUAAAAAAAAAAA